AAGUUGGCAUAACAACCACACUUAAUCAAUAUUUUUUGUCACUUUAAUCAGCUAUGAUUAUCAAUAUAUUUUUUUAUUGUAUUCGUUUGGUAUUAGUAUGGUAGUGUUUGACUACCAUAUGAAUAUCAAAUUUACAAUAAAAAGUAUUGUUAGUGUGGUUGCUGUGUCAACUUCACACCGCUGAUUUAGUAUGGUUGCUGUACUAACUUCACACCGCUAUGAUCAGCUGUCAAAACAACAUUUUCUAACCUCUAUAAACAAAUUGUUAUAUUAAAACAAUGUUGAAUGUAAACGAAUAAUUUAAAAAUAAAUUUCUCCACUGAUGAUAUUAUGAAUCCGAGAAAAAUAAUUUCGAACACAAUGUCAAAGGAGUCUGAAAUAAAGGACAGUGAUGGAAGGGCACUUAUUAAAUUAGCAGAUAGACCGACUUUUAUUUUAAAAACAAGAGAAGGUGAAAGCAGAGCUGUUUCACCAAGUCAACGAAAUGGAAAUAAAAAAGAAUCGGAGAGUCAUGCCAGUUCCACACAUAAAACACCAGAACCACGAUCUAUAAUAUCCAUGUGUGUUGAGAUGACAAAUUGUAUAAAACUUGUUGACGAAAAUAUGCAACUUUGUGAAGGACCUUUAGAUUUUUUAUAUGAUCAACAAGAUUUUCUCGUAGUUGGAUGUUUGGGAACUCAAGGAGUUGGCAAAUCAACAAUUAUGUCACUUCUUACAGCGAAUGAUAUAUCUGAUAUUUAUCCAGUUCAAAAUAUUUCUCAUCAAGAAAGUGGUUCAAAUUGUACAAGUGGAAUAGAUUUUUAUGUUACAAAAAAUAGAGUUAUUUACUUGGAUACUCAACCAAUAUUAUCGAGUUCAAUUGUUGAUUAUACAACAUUAUUUGAUCAGAAAAAAGGCACAAGUGAUUUUGUUAAUCCAGAGACAAAUUUAGAAUUACAAUCAUUACAAUUUGCAGCAUUUUUAUUUUCCGUUUGUCACGUUAUUAUUUUUGUACAAGAUUGGAUUGUGGAUCCAAAUUUAAUGAGAUUUUUGCAAACUGCUGAAAUGUUGAAACCUGCUUCGACAACAAAUAUGGAUCAAGAUUAUGUGGAAUAUUAUCCUCAUAUUAUAUUUUUACACAAUAAAGCCGAAUUACAGGAUUUUAUUCCAAGUACUUUAGAAAUGAUGAAGAAAUUUUACAACAAAGUAUUUGUCAAUUCGAGACUACAAACUCACAGUGGUUUAGAUAUGAGUUCAUCUUCAAAGGAGGGACAAUUAAAUCUUUUUUUAAUUCCAUCCAUAGGAGUAGAGACUGAGACGACUUUUCACGAAAAUGAGAAACAAUUAAUAGAAAAAUUACGAAUGAAGAUACACGGAGUUACGAGAAAUGCAAUGACACCUUCGACAUUAACGGAAAAAAAUUGGUUUCACUAUGUUUCAAAAGUUAUCGAAGCUGUAAAAAAGAGUCACUUAUCAUCUGAAUAUGGCAGACUAAUGCCGUAAUUAUAAUUAUUCUAAAAGAAGAAUUUGUCGAUAAAAGUGAAACACAAAAUUUGUAUCACAUUGUAUUUAUUUUUUUAUUAUAAACUUAAAUUUGUCAUUGUA